AUGGCCAUCUUACAGACCUCCAUCGCGAUCUUUGUCACCCAUAUCAUCCUUUUGCUCGGUUUGCCAGCCUCUUUGGUCGCAGCUGUGCCAGUUAACGUGCCCGUCUCUCCGGUGAACAACGUACAUCCGCCGCCUCAAGCUACUGGGUCGCCAAUGUUGAGCGCCAGGGUGUCGUCCCCUUUCGGCAAGAGCGCCGACUACAAGAUCUUCCGAAAUGUAAAGGACUAUGGUGCCACGGGUGACGGCUCCACUGAUGACACUGCGGCUAUCAACGAGGCUAUUUCUUCUGGAGGCCGUUGUGGUAAGGGCUGUGAUUCCUCUACCACGACCCCUGCUAUUGUCUACUUCCCGCCUGGUACCUAUGUUGUCUCGAAGCCCAUUGUCCAGUACUACUACACCCAGAUUGUCGGAGAUGCUGUCGAACUGCCCAUUAUCAAGGCCUCUGCCCAGUUCGCCGGUAUGGCCGUGAUUGACGCCGAUCCCUACGAGGAUGAUGGCUCCAAUUGGUACACCAACCAGAACAACUUCUUCCGCGCUAUUCGCAACUUGGUCAUUGAUCUGACCAGCGUCCCCGCUGGCUCGGGCGCUGGUAUCCACUGGCAGGUCGGCCAGGCUACGAGCUUGCAAAACAUUCGCUUCGAGAUGGUCAAGGGUGGUGGUGAGGCCAACAAGCAGCAGGGUAUCUUCAUGGACAACGGAUCCGGUGGUUUCAUGGCAGACUUGACUUUCAACGGUGGUAACUACGGCAUGUUCCUCGGUAAUCAACAGUUCACUACCCGUAACUUGGUUUUCAAUGGCUGCCAGACUGCCAUUUUCAUGAACUGGAACUGGGCCUGGACUUUCAAGUCCGUCAAGAUCAACAACUGCGAGGUUGGCCUGAAUAUGUCUACUUCGCCUUCCAACCAGACUGUUGGCUCCGUGUUGAUGCUGGACAGCAAGCUCACCAACACUCCCACUGGUAUCGUUACUGCCUGGACCCAGAAGAGUAUUCCCGUUGGUGGCGGUAGCCUGAUUUUGGACAACGUGGACUUCUCUGGCUCCAAGGCUGCUGUGGCUGGUGUUGAUGGCAAUGUCAUUCUGGAAGGUGGCUCUGUCGUUGACCACUGGAUCCAGGGUAACACUUACACCCCAUCCAAGACUAUCAACAAGCGCAGCGAGGCUCAGCCUGAGCUGGUUACCGUUGUUGAGACCGUUACAGAGACCAUCCUUGCCUGUCCUGCUUCCCACGGCCUUCCCAGCGCCAGCCUUGCGGGGAGCGACGUACCUGCUCCUGCGAAGACUUCAUCACUUGGAUCCGCUCCCGCUCCUUCGCCUGCCCCGGGUGCUGGUACCAGCAGCGAUGCGGAUCGCUCUGCUGAGUCUUCGGUUGUCGCUGAAGUCCCCGAGCCCACUCCCGUGGCUGCUCCUUCUACUGAGGCCCCUGCCACUUCCGCCGUGCCUGUUGGUUCUUCGCCCUCCAGUGUUGUUUCUGCCAAGGAACCUGCUGCGCCAGUUACCUCCACUGCUGCAUCUGCUGAAAGUACCAGCAGCGGCUCUGAAGUUAGCGAUGGCCGCCAGUCUGGCAGCGAUAGCAGCACCGGCACUUGCGGUGCCGCGGCUGCCGUUGCCUCUGCCCGCACCCAGAGCACUCUGAAGACUGCUGACAAGCCCGCUAGCCUGCUCAAGGGAGGUGCUAUCUUCGAACGCUCCAAGCCUCUGUACGAGGACGUCGCAGCCUCCUCUUUCAUCAGCGUCAAGUCUGCUGGCGCCAAGGGUGACGGAACUACUGACGACACUGAGGCCAUCCAGAAGAUUUUCAAUAGCUACAAGGACGGUCAGAUCAUCUACUUCGAUCACGGAGCCUAUGUCAUUACCUCCACCAUCAAGGUUCCUAAGAACAUCAAGGUCGUUGGUGAAAUCUGGCCCAUGCUCAUGGCACACGGCAAGACCUUCGCCGACCAAGAGAACCCCGUCCCUGUCUUCCAGGUCGGCGAAAAGGGCGACACCGGCUCCGUCGAGAUGAGCGACCUCAUCAUCACCACCAAGGGCCCCGCCCCUGGUGCCAUCCUCAUGGAGUGGAACAUCGCCGGCACUUCCCAAGGUUCCGCCGGUAUGUGGGAUGUCCACUUCCGCAUCGGUGGCGCCGCCGGCACCGAGCUGCAGAGCGACACUUGCCCCAAGACCCCGAAGGAGAAGACCACCCCGAAGAAGGAGUGCAUGGCCGCCUUCAUGCUCCUGCACAUCACCAAGAAGGGCAGCGCCUACCUCGAGAACACCUGGUUCUGGACCGCCGACCACGAGCUCGACCUCAAGGACCACAACCAGAUCAACGUCUACACUGCCCGCGGUGUACUCAUCGAGUCGGAGAACGCCAACUGGCUGUGGGGUACCUCCUCCGAGCACCACCAGCUGUACAACUACCAGAUCUCGGGCGCCAAGAACGUCUUCAUGGGCCUCAUCCAAUCCGAGACUCCGUACUACCAGUCCAACCCGACCUCGCUGAAAUCCUGGAACGAUCCUGACUUCUCGAACUGCAAGACUAACUCCUGUCGCAAGGCAUGGGGUCUGCGUGUUCUCGGCUCCUCGGAUGUCUUCGUAUACGGUGCCGGUCUCUACAGCUUCUUCGAGAACUACACCCAGUCCUGCCUCAACUCGGAGGAUUGCCAGGAGAACAUGGUCGAGGUUGAUUGUUCCGAUGUUAAGCUGUAUGGUCUCAGUACCAAGGCUGCUGUGAAUAUGGUUACGUCGUCCAGUGGGAAGGGUCUUGUCCCUCAGAAGCCGAACAAGAGUAACUUCUGCUCGACUAUUGCUCUCUUCGAACAGCAUGCUUAG